UCGAUUUCGGACUGAAAAGAGAUAUCUGGAGGCAAAACAACCCAUCACCACAUGGGUGACCAACAAUUGGGAAAAAGCAAAAAUAAAUAAAAAAUACAAAAAACAAAUAACAAAAUAACAAAAUAACGCGUACCACUGUAAAACAACACACGAACCAAAGUGACAGUACUGUGAUGGAAGGCAGUGAUUGGCCAGUAAUACUAGGUAGCUUCCUCACCCCAACAAACCCCAGCUCCAGACGCCGUCUUUCGCCACAGGACCGGUGCUAUCUCUGUAUUAUUGUGUAUUUCAGGAUUACCAGUUGUAACGCCACCGUUGUCCGAAAGAAAACAUAAAAAAAAGAAAAAUACCUCGCCCAACAACAGAAAAGAACAGAAAGACUCGAGAUCUUCUGCUCCCAGCUCAAUCCCCCCCGUUCCCCCAUCCUUAUUAUUUACUUCCCGUUGUCUACCCUCACCUCAGGUAAUUGCCCCCUAUUCAGCUAUCUCCCCGCUGCAUCUUACAUCUCUUUCUCACAAAGACAAAACUCCACUCUGACUCAGGUGCAGCAGCUCCAAGUUUUGUUGAUAUCGGAGCUUCGUGACCGCCCUCCCCAUUUCUACGUUGGGCAACAUCUCUCCGCCCAAUCUUCAUCAUUUAGCACAACAUACCGAAUCCUCCACCACAGCCAUCCACCAUGAGAGAGGUAGUUAGUUUGAACGUCGGCCAGGCGGGUUGCCAAAUCGCAAACUCCUGUUGGGAACUGUAUUGCCUGGAACAUGGCAUUCAGCCCGAUGGAUACCUGACUGAAGAAAGAAAAGCUGCCGACCCUGAUCAAGGAUUUAAUACUUUCUUUUCUGAAACAGGCCAGGGAAAAUAUGUUCCCCGAACCAUCUACUGCGAUCUUGAGCCAAAUGUCGUCGACGAAGUCCGCACCGGUCCGUACCGUGCGCUUUUCCACCCAGAACAGAUGAUCACUGGAAAGGAGGAUGCAUCCAACAACUAUGCUCGCGGCCAUUAUACCGUGGGUAAGGAGAUGAUUGAUCAGGUUCUGGACAAAGUCCGCCGUGUGGCAGAUAACUGCGGCGGUCUUCAGGGCUUUUUGGUCUUCCAUUCCUUUGGAGGCGGAACGGGAUCCGGCUUUGGUGCACUUCUUAUGGAGCGUCUGUCCGUGGACUACGGCAAGAAGACAAAGCUGGAAUUCUGCGUCUACCCUGCCCCCCAGAACGCCACUUCCGUUGUCGAACCGUACAACUCGAUCCUCACAACGCACACGACUCUGGAACAUUCAGACUGCAGUUUCAUGGUGGAUAAUGAGGCAAUCUACGACAUUUGCCGCCGGAACUUGGGUAUCGAGAGACCAAGCUAUGACAACCUGAACCGCCUCAUGGCUCAAGUCGUUUCCUCAAUUACUGCAUCUCUCCGAUUCGAUGGCUCCUUAAACGUCGAUCUGAACGAGUUCCAGACCAACUUGGUGCCCUAUCCUCGUAUCCACUUCCCACUCGUUGCGUAUGCCCCAGUCGUGUCUGCUGCAAAGGCGUCUCAUGAGUCCAACUCCGUCAUGGAGGUAACCAUGUCUUGCUUUGAACCUAAUAACCAGAUGGUCAAGUGCGACCCCCGCAACGGCAAAUAUAUGGCGACUUGUCUUCUGUACCGUGGAGAUGUUGUACCCAAGGAUGUACAUAGUGCCGUGGCGACAUUGAAGACGAAGAGUACAAUCCAAUUCGUUGACUGGUGCCCUACCGGUUUCAAGAUUGGUAUCUGCUACCAGCCUCCCCAGAUGGUGCCUAAUGGCGACCUCGCUAAAGUCAACCGCGCUGUCUGCAUGUUGUCCAACACAACCGCCAUUGCCGAAGCCUGGUCUGCGCUCUCUCACAAGUUCGACCUCAUGUAUUCCAAGCGCGCAUUUGUCCACUGGUAUGUGGGCGAGGGUAUGGAAGAGGGUGAAUUCUCUGAGGCUCGUGAGGACCUUGCCGCGUUGGAACGGGACUAUGAGGAAGUUGCCAGCGAUUCUUUAGAAGAGGAGGUUGAGCCUGAAUACUAAACGUAUUCACUCGAUAUCAAAUACGUGACGGUGGCUCGCUCUUGUGCGUGUAACGUGGCUGUUAUUUAUUAUACCCCAGACCUCUCCCUCCCCUAAACCCAUAAUCGACGGCUUCCCCUGGAAGUUCCACUCCAUCCAUGCCUGGCUAAAUUUUCAGUCGUUUGCAAUCCUUCCGGAACAAAAUGUUUUCUCUUUUAAGACUCUGUAGAGCUGAAGGCAACUGAACCGGCGUUUUUUCCCACUCAUGUUUGGCACAGACAGGACAUGGACCAUAACUACCUGGCGUAAAGAACUUAUGUGCUAUCUUGUUCCUAAUAUAUAUGCCUGCCCAUUCUACUCGAGGAACAUGACCACAGGAGCUACUGACUGACACCCUUCUGUCUAGACGCACAAACAUCCGCGCACAUCCAGACAAGACUAUUCUAUAUGUUUCAAUUCACCUUCAUUUCUUUAAUCAUGACCCCAAGGACCGGAAACCAAUAGGAGAUGUGUCGCUCAUCCCAGCGCAUGCUAGGUCGGGCUGGGUUGGGCUGGGUUGGCUAGUCUUUUGUCGAUAAUUGAUUAAUUUCUCCCGCUUAUAUAGGUAUCUACACUGCCCUACAUAGUAAUAAUUAACACUCCUUUUGCGCUUCUG